GUGAUCUGAUCAGUCAUGUCAGUCAGAGCUGGGCUUCGCAACCCUUACACUGCAGAGAGUGAACCUACUCGGCGAAAAUCAAGGGUUUCUAGACUUUUAGAAGUUCCUAGUCCCGUAGUAGAUAGCAGUGACGACGAACCCUUUUUCGACGAUGAUGGAAUGUUUGUGGUUCCAAGAUUUGAUCCUUCACGAGUGAAAAAGAAAAAAAGGACGCUCGAGUUAGCGAACCGAAAAGAAGUCAAAUUUGCACUGAAAUCAUUUAAGAGUCUUCUAAGUACAUCCCGCACUAAUCCGUCGUCCUUACGUCGUGUGCGGUUUGGAAUAAUGACUGAAGUAAAGACCCAGGAGCAAUGGGAUGAACUCAUCACAAAGGAAGGGAUGAUUGUUGUUGAUGCCUUCUCUGCCUGGUGUGGACCAUGUAAAGCUAUAAUCAGCUCUUUUAAAAGACUGAAAAAUGAAAUAGGAGAUGAUUUGCUUCAUUUUGCAGUGGCAGAAACUGACACCAUUGAUUCAUUAGAGAAGUACAGAAUGAGGAGUCAACCAACUUUCUUAUUUUAUGCUGGUGGGAUUCUAGUAAAUGUUGUCAGAGGAUGCCAUUGUCCUCUCCUGCUGAAAACAAUAAGACAAGAGCUUGAGAAAGAACACAAGGUUCUUGAAGGACACUGUGAAAGAGAAAGGUUUAUUGACACUGAAGUGAACAAGGUUGCAGAUGAAGAAAUAGAAGAAAAGAAACCAGACGAAGAAGAGGAGGAUGAAGAAGAAGAGAUUGUUCAUCUACCCAAGCAAGUGACACUAGCAAUCAUAAAACCAGAUGCUGUAAAGGCAGGGCUUGUGGAUGAUAUCAUCAAAAAGGUUGAGGAUAUGGGAAUCGAGAUUCUGAAAAAGGAAGAGAGAACAUUAACAAAGGAAGAAGCUGCAGAGUUUUAUAAGCAACAUGAAGAUUCAGAACACUUUGAACAACUGAUAGAAUUCAUGUCAAGUGGUCCGUUGAUGACAUUGGCAUUAAGCAAGGCUGGGGACACUCCAGAAGCAGUAGAAGGUGUCAUAGAUAGCUUUAGAGAACUAAUUGGUCCAAAGGAUGUCAACAUUGCUAAAGAAGAAGCACCUGAAAGCUUAAGAGCAAUCUAUGGUACUGAUACGGUAAUGAAUGCUGUUCAUGGCUGUGACUCCAGUGAAAGUGCUGCAAGAGAGCUUGCUUUCUUCUUCCCUGAUUUUGCUGCCCCAACUGUUCUUGGUAAACGAAAGAAAAGACGUCUACAAAGGACCUUGGCUCUCAUCAGACCUGAUGCACUCAGAACCAGAAAAGAAUCUAUUAUCAACAAGAUUCAAGAGUCUGGUUUUACGAUUGCAAUGUCCAAAGAAAUGCAGCUUACUAAAGAACAAGCUGAAAACUUUUACUCAGAGCACAAAGACACAGAAUAUUUUGACCAAUUGGUUAACAAUAUGAUAAGUGGUCCCAUGAUGGCACUGUGCCUUGCUAGAGAGGAUGCUGUGGAGGGCUGGAGAGAAUUGCUUGGACCAAAAGAGGUAGAGGUAGCCAAAGAGGAAGCUCCUGAAAGUACUGAUGAUAAAGCAACUGUGCCUUCAAGCUUACGUGCACAAUUCCAAGUAGAAGACAGUCCAAUCAACCCUCUCCAUGGAUCAGAUAGCCCUAGUGCAGCUGAAAAAGAAAUUGGUCAGUUCUUCCCAAUGCAGAGUACUGUAGCUGUCAUCAAACCUGAAGUAGAACCAGAUCAAAGAGAACUCAUUAAGCAGAGAAUAAAAGAAGCAGGAUUUUCUAUCCAAGCACAAAAAGAGAUAACAUUAACAAAGGAGUUGGCAUCACAAUUUUAUCAUGAACAUGAAGGCAAAGAGUUUUUCAGCGAUCUUACAGAUUAUAUGGCAAGCGGUAAAACUAUGUUCUUAGUAUUAUCAAAAGAAGAUGCUGUGUCUGGAUGGAGAGCAAUGAUGGGACCUAGUGAUCCAACAGAAGCUAAAGAAGCAGCUCCUGAAACGCUGCGUGCACAGUUUGGUGUAGAUAAACUGAAGAAUGUUGUCCAUGGUAGUUCUAACCCAGAUAAAGCAGUAGAAGUCAUAAAGGAAUUUUUCCCGGAGGUUGAGUUAAAUCCAGAUGGCACAGUGAAAGUACCAGAGAAAAAGAAAAAAGAUGUUGCUGCACCAGAGGAGAAGAAAGAAGACCUCAGUACGGCACUUGGAUUGGAAGAUGGUAGGGUCCCAGAUGAAUCACUAACAGCAUCAUCUGAACUUGACGAUGGUCAUUCAGCUAAAUGUGCAAGACUCAAUAUUCAAGCUGAUGGAGAUAUGAAAGGAGCCUGGGCUGCAAAAGAUAAUGAUGAAAACCAGUGGUUGCAAGUCAACCUUGGACAGUUUACUAGAGUUUCUAAGAUAGCUACACAAGGUCAAAAUGGAGAGAGUUCAAAUCAUGUGAAGACGUAUGGUGUUAUGUACAGUGGGGAUGGUGAGACAUUUAUGGACUAUGCAGUAGACAAGGUGUUUGAGGCUAAUACAGAUCAAGAAACUGUAGUCUGCAAUGAGCUUGUACCUCCUCUUAUCAGUCAAUAUAUAAGAAUUGUGCCUAAAACAUGGAAUGAUAAUAUUGCACUAAGGAUAGAGGUCUAUGGCAUUGAUGCUGCAUCGUUCAGCAAGCUAUUUGAUGUCCCUGAUGACAGCAUCACUGCAUCUAGUGUUCUUGAUGACAAUCAUAAUGCUUGUCGAAGUAAACUGAAUAGUGCUGUAGAUGGUGAUCAGAUGGCAGGUUGGUCAGCAAAGGAUAUUGAUGAGAAUCAAUGGAUUCAGAUUGAUAUUGGAAAUCCUUCUGAGAUAACAAAAGUCUCCACUCAAGGAAAAGGUGGUGAAUCAACCCAUCAUGUUACUAGCUACCUGUUAUCAUUCAGUUCUGAUGGGGAGAACUUCCAAGUAUACCAGGAAGCUGGCCAGGAUAAGGUAUUUGAUGGCAACAAUGACCAAGAAACCAUAGUUUCACACUGGCUUGCCAAUCCUCCAGUUGCACGUUAUGUACGGUUGCAUCCCAAAACAUGGAAUGAAAAUAUUGCACUUAGAGUUGGAUUUAGUGGAAAAGGAACCAUCAAGAAAUCCAAGCCCCUGGUGCUUUGUGGACCAAGUGGUUGUGGGAAAAGUACACUCCUAAGAAAACUAUUUACAGACUACCCUAAACAAUUUGGCUUUAGUGUAUCUCAUACUACAAGAGCUCCAAGACCAGGAGAGGUCAAUGGAAAAGAUUACCAUUUUACUGAUAGAGAAACUAUGACAAACAGCAUAAGCAGUGGKAACUUUAUUGAAAGCACAGAGUACAACAUGAAUUUAUAUGGAACAAGUAAAAAGGCAGUCCAAGAUGUGAUGGAUUCUGGUAGAGUUUGUAUCUUGGACAUUGACAUGCAGGGUGUGAAAAACAUGAAGAAAACAGAUAUUGAAUGUUUAUAUGUGUUUACCAAACCUCCUUCUUUAGAGGAACUAGAACGUCGUCUUCGUAGUCGUGGAACAGAGACCGAUGAUUCAGUCAAGAGAAGGUUAAAGAUUGCUGAAGAUGAACUAGCUUAUGCUAAGGAACCUGGAUCAUAUGAUUACAUUAUUAUCAAUGAUGAUCUUAAUCAGGCUUAUAAAGACUUUAAGAAUGUCAUCAGUAAGGAACUCAUCCAACUAUCAUAACCAMUUCCAAACCAUUUUACCGUCACUGGAUUCAAAUAACGCGGGCGCAUUAAUAUGCCAUCAAGCCCAGUCUACACKGACAAUUUUUAUGGCGUGUAGCCUGUUUUAAGCAAUAUUGGUCAUUUUUUAUGUUGUAACUGUAUUUGUUGGAAAGCUGGAAUGUUAGUUUUGAUUUUGCACAUAAAAAUCUUCUCGGGAAAAUACAAAAUUGCCUAAUAACAAUUGUUCGUGUAGACUGUGCAUGCAAUGCACCUGAGGGCUAGUCAAAGCUGUUUUUAAGUUAUUUCUGGGUGCAUCGCUGGCUAAGAAUUCAGAGAAAGUAUAUAAUAAUUGGUUGUAACAAAAGCAUGAAUGUAAAUUAUUAUCCAAUAUUAUGCAUUGUUUUAAAAACAUCCUSGUAGUAAAAAGCACUUUGUUCGUACAUAUCCAGUUUUAUAAACAUUGCCAAAAAGAUUUUUACGCGACCGGAACAUUAAAGAGAAGCAGAAUCUGACAUGUUUAGGCCGUGAAUGUGCUGUAAUCGUGAUGUUUUUUCAGCUCAAUUAGAGUUAGCAAACUCUGAUCCGAUAUGUCAAUAUCGCUGGUUCCGUGACCUUAUUGUGUGUUGUCCGCCCUGUUACAGACCGAAUGCCAAUGUGGCUACUAUAAUUUACAUAAUGUUUAAAAAUCGGUAAAAGUAGUUAUAAGAGUUUACAAAUUUAGAAAAAAAAAAACGAAAUAUUAAAGGAUGCUGGCACGGAAGUGUUUGGCUGAACUCAUGAAGAUCCAUGAACGAACUUCGCAAAUAUUGAAUGUUUAGGAAUUAGAAUUUGAAAUGCUGUCUGUUGAGUCUUUCAGAUUUCUCGGUUUUAUCUAAAAUUUUUAACUUUGGAGAAACAUUCGGCGGCCAUACUGACGAUUGAUUGUAUGGCAAUGUUUGUUAUCCAUGUCAUUUGAAAUAGGAUUAACUACCUCUAGAAAAUGACAAGGCGUGUUCUGACAGAAAAAAUGAUGUUUUUUAAGAUACUGUAAGCACGCCAAGAUUCAUUUGUAAGCACGCCAAGAUUCGUGUUAUAAUAAUUACCAAGUGAAACCUCGAGCGCUCCUACUGACUUUUCUGUAUUUGUUGUAUAAAAUACUAUCGACCCUUUGUAAAGAUAGAUUUUCGUCAGGUUUCUUAUUCAAAAUGUGCUUCCAUACUUUGAUUCACGCAUGUAAUAUUUUAUGCAAAGAAUAAAAGAUUUUAUUCUGCAAUGGGAUCAGCUAGUCUAAAAUGGGGGGCCUAAGAUCCUUCACUUACUUGGUAAAUUUUUUACUCUUUUCUUAUCCCUAGCAAUCUCAACCCGUGAAUGAAAAGGAAACAAUGCGAAAGGUUCUGUUUCACAGGUUUAUUGAAAUCACUGUUUCAAAAAUGUAAUCAUUUGUAAGCACGCCAAGAUUCGUGUUAUAAUAAUUACCAAGUGAAACCUCGAGCGCUCCUACUGACUUUUCUGUAUUUGUUGUAUAAAAUACUAUCGACCCUUUGUAAAGAUAGAUUUUCGUCAGGUUUCUUAUUCAAAAUGUGCUUCCAUACUUUGAUUCACGCAUGUAAUAUUUUAUGCAAAGAAUAAAAGAUUUUAUUCUGCAAUGGGAUCAGCUAGUCUAAAAUGGGGGGCCUAAGAUCCUUCACUUACUUGGUAAAUUUUUUACUCUUUUCUUAUCCCUAGCAAUCUCAACCCGUGAAUGAAAAGGAAACAAUGCGAAAGGUUCUGUUUCACAGGUUUAUUGAAAUCACUGUUUCAAAAAUGUAAUCAUUUGUAAGCACGCCAAGAUUCGUGUUAUAAUAAUUACCAAGUGAAACCUCGAGCGCUCCUACUGACUUUUCUGUAUUUGUUGUAUAAAAUACUAUCGACCCUUUGUAAAGAUAGAUUUUCGUCAGGUUUCUUAUUCAAAAUGUGCUUCCAUACUUUGAUUCACGCAUGUAAUAUUUUAUGCAAAGAAUAAAAGAUUUUAUUCUGCAA